GGAAGAGAUAACAACAGACACGAUUGUCCCCAACAAAAUGUUGUUUUCUUGCUUAACAGUGGCGGUUUCUCUGGCAGCCAUUACCGUCACCAACGGAUCAGACGAGAAGCGUAUUCUUCUCAGUGAUCCACAGUACAUCCAACAGGAACUGACGAGAUUCCAGGCCGAAUUACAGCAAAUGCAAGUUAAGUACAACAAUCUACAGACCAAGUACAGUAGCCAGAAUACACAAAUAGUGAACCUACAGACCAAGUACAGCAGCCAGAAUACCGAGCUUGAAAAUCUGCAGACCAAGCUCAACAGCCAAAUCACCGAACUCAAAAAUCUACAAAGUGACAGGGGCGCUGUUUUCACAAGAUGGGGAAGACGAGACUGUCCUGCUAAUAUAACAACAAUGGUUUACUCUGGUUAUGCUGGUGGGUCUUACUAUUCCUCCACUGGAGCCGCAGCGGAAUACGUAUGUAUGCCAAACGACCCUAUCUGGGGACCUCACAAAGAUCUGGUGUACGGCGAUUAUGUUGGCUUCCUCUACGGGGCAGAGUACGAGGGGCCAAAUGACCUGUUUGGUAUGCCGAAUUAUAAAGAGGAUGUACCGUGCGCUGUCUGUCUUGGUAGACAACACACCGCCUAUCUCAUGAUUCCGGGUAGGACACAAUGCUAUCCCGGAUGGACGGAAGUGUAUCAGGGCGACCUAGCGUCUAGUCGCCAUGAUCACCCGACAGCUUCACAGUACGUUUGUGUCGAUGGGGACGCUCAGGCUGUGCCUGGGGGUGGUACCAAUGACGAGAACGGUAAACUGUUCUAUGGGGUAAAAGCUAAGUGUGGAUCACUGCCCUGUCCACCGUAUGAAGACGGAAAAUUUCUCUCGUGUGUUGUCUGUAUGAAGUAAACAUGCUCUGAAUAUUUCUCAAGAAAUUAGAAAUAAAUU